AUGCCGAUAAAUCCAUCACGCCUAUGUGCUUUUAUUGUUGUGUUAAAUGUCGAGUGCACAGCCCUACCUGAGCAUAUUUCUGCACAUCUCGUCUAUCCACUCCAGCGAUCGCAGGGUGAUGUGUUCAUCGAUUCCUGCGUAUCGGCGUCAAAUCACGAGGACGGUUUUCGGGUAGACACCACCGGAAGCGCGUCUAUUGUGGACUCACAUGCCUUUUCAAACACUCAGUACGGAGUGCUUCUUCUGGGCGCCCAGUUUUCUACUGUAGUUUAUCGCUCGUCGAUUAGCUUCAGCAGAAAAAAUGGCAUUCGCAUUGAGAAGACACCAGGGAGAUCCGCUACUGUCAAGAUCCACAAUGUUAACAUUACUGGCCAUUACUACAGUCCUGCGAUUGAGUUUGAAGACAUCACCGACACGGACGUUGAAAUGAAUAGUUGCGCUAUCAGCGACAAUUUCAACGGAGGUGUCAGCCUCAGUGGAAUCACCGCCAACAGUUCGAUCACUAUACUGAAGUCGAAUUUUACGAGGAACCGUGGCAGUACCGUAUCGAUGUCGCUGGUCCGCGAUAGUGACGUCAUCAUCCACGGGAAUUCCUUCAUUUCGAACCAGCUGAAUGAUUUCAGCGAACAUGAAGCAGUCGUGGACAUUGCUAUUUUUGCUGAGAUGACUGAGUCAAAAAUUCAUUUGGAAAACAAUGCAUUCGAACGAAACACCAUGAAAAAUGUGUUGGAAAUACGCCAUCUUGGAGAUAGCACAAGUUACACUAGACACAACUGGGUUACAACGACCACAGGUGGGUCCACUUGCGUAGACAGUAACGUUCGAAACUACGCGGCGGAGCAAGCUAGUCGAGGGAGAACUGCGACAGUAUCGAUCAAAAAGAACAGCUUCGUAGCGAAUUUGGCCCAAUCGGUCGUGAACCUGGAUCUGCCGAAGGGAGAAAUCAGGGCUAAUUAUUUCAGUAAUGUCCAGUCCACCUGUGAAAUUUCUCGAAGAGCGCCAAUGCAUGCGGAUGAAGUGGAAAACUACUGGGGACACGAGAAUGAAGCGAAUUUUAUGCCUUCAAUUUGCGCGCUAAAUCGCUCACUUGACUAUGAAGUGUUUGGCAAAGAUACGGUAGCCAAUGUGUCUACACGGGAAACAGCAGUGGUAACAAUGCCUACGCUGUUUAUCCAGAACCCCGUUAACCAUGCGAACAGGACCUUGGCCAUGCCAUCAGCUACAAGAACAACUCAAAGCACAUUGCACAAUGGAUCAGUGGAGAAAAACUCAUUAAGACCAUUUCAAAACACUUACAAUCAAGUGAAGGCAAUUUCUGAACCUUACAGCAUCAGCUCCGAAGUUGCAGUUUAUCCUGGACAGAUUGUGAUCGUGGAACCUGGGACACAAUUCGAAUUUGCACCCGGCAUAGGGAUUACAGUGCAAGAGCGAGGGAAACUGUAUUUGAAUGGCACUCUUUCGCAACCGAUUCGGCUUUUUGGCGGUGCUACGUGGCGCGGAUUGGUGGUAAAGCCGGGCGGAACACUGGUUCUCAGUCACACUACUGUUGAAGGUGCUUCUAUUGGUUUGUGGAUAGGUUCUGAGAAGGUACAGAUAGAGCAUGCGAAGAUCCUGGAUUCAGUGAUCCAUGGUGUUGAAGUUACUGACAGCGCUGGUCAAGACAUUGACCUGGGACACUCUGAAAUACUGCGCGCUAAAGGUACGGGAGUAGGGAUCGAUGAAAGAAAGACAUCUACAGCUAUACGUAACGUCGCUGUUCGUGAUGGAUGGGGAUCUGGAAUCGAUUUUGUCUCGCCUACGAAAGACGUACAUAUCGAAAAUGUGCUGAUAUCCAAUGGCUCGUCCUAUGCCAUCCAUAUCACGGAAUUCCCAGGUGCACCAUUGAAGUCUGUGUCUGUAAGGAAUGUGACCGUCGCAGACCAGAGACGUGGUCACGCCGGUAUUUUGAUAUCAAGCGGGUCUGCGGAGGAGAUUAACAUCGAUCGAUCUAUCUUUGCAAGGAAUACUGUACCCAGUCUCAUAGUAACAUUAGAGUGUAACGAGCGAACCUCUCGGACAAGGCUGAAAAACUCCUCAUUUACUAACAACGAGGAGACUGUAGCUCAUUUUGAUGUAGGCGAAUGUGGAUCGUUGGAGAUCAGCAGGAACAGCUUUCUGGAAAAUAACAAGUCUGGUCGGGAAGGAGUGAUGAUGGUGAACGCGGAGCCAGGAGAAGAAUCAUUAUCUAUGGCUCUGUUAAUAGAAGAAAACGAAUUCGCUAAAAAUGGUGGAGAGUAUUCCGUAAUGCUUGCUAUGCAUGAAUCUAAUACAACUAAUGGGUCAUUUGAAAGGAAUCGGUUGCAUGAUAAUGUCAACUCAGUAGCUUCAGUAGUGUUGACGUCACCAAACUACCGACUCGAAUCCAAUGAUUUUCAUAAUCCUUUAUCCGCCCAUGAGGUGGAUGUUCGUUCGGAUGGAUCUUGGAAGCUUCAAGCUACUGGGAAUAGUUGGGGCACUCAUGAUAUGAAAAAGGCGCUAAAAGCUCCUGAAGGUUCACUUCCGGUUGAGGUCGUGCACAAUGCUGCCGCUAGGCCGGCCAUGCUUCCAAUAAUUCCACAGUUGUUAGAUAAAUCACAGUGCGCCCAUCUUAAUUACUGUUCUCAUGUUGGCAAAUGCGAAGACGGUGUAUGUGUGUGCCCAGCGAAUUAUCUUGGAUCAGAUUGCUCUAUAACGACAGGUUGUCCGUCGAACUGCACUAACAACGGCGUUUGUGACAGGAAUAAGUGUGUUUGCUACGACGGUUGGACAUCUUUCGACUGUUCAAUCCCACUAUGCCGUUAUGAUUGUUACGGGCAUGGCAAAUGUGUCUCGAGAAACGAAUGCGAGUGCUUCGAUGGAUGGAGUGGAGAGUUUUGUGACAAAAUGGGUUGUCGUGAUGGUACUUGUUCCCAUGGUACAUGCAUUUCAUCAAGCUGUCAGUGCUUCGAUGGUUGGACAGGAUCUCGUUGCUCAAUACCACUCUGCCAAAAUUGCUCACUUAAUGGUCGUUGCAUAGCUCCCGACGUGUGCUUUUGCUUUCAAGGAUAUGAAGGAGAGGAUUGCUCAAUAUGUCGCAGUCCAAUUUGUCAAACUUGUGACUUUGACUGCGUUCAUGGGACGUGCGAACAAGCGACACGGACGUGUUCGUGUGCUCGUGGAUGGUCCGGUGCCGCAUGUGAUGUAUGUCGUUCUGCUAAUUGCCAAGUUAAGAGCGGCGUUUUGUACAUUAUGCCAUCUACAGGCGACAAAGAAGACGUGAACCUGGUUGUAAAUGUUUUUGGAGCCGAGUUUCCGAAGACUCCGACAUCAGCUUACACAUGCAUUUUUGGUGCUUCUUACUCUGAUGGCCGACGGAUCAGCUCCUCAGUGGUCAGAUGUCGCGUCCCGCGAGGUCUUACCAUCGGCCGCCACCUCUUCAAUCUGGCUCCAGAAGGAUCGAUGUCUGUAAUUCCGAAUUUUGACGCUCGUCCUAUCCACUUCACUGUUUAUGAUUCCUGCUCGUCUAGAAUAUGCAAGGGAGUGUGUGUUGGUCCGCUUUGUGUAUGUCCGAAGGGCACUACUGGUGUUAAUUGCGAGAUAAUAGAGAUCAUUCCAUCAAUUGAUCGGCAUUUUAUAGAAAAUCAAGGUGCAAGUGUCGCUUCCGAGGGCACCCCAUAUAUUGUUGUGCUCCCUACAAUGCGAGGUUCUCUGCAUCGUGUGAGCUCAACAAUAGAAGAACUCAGAUUUGACUCCUCUCGUGGAAUUAUCGAAUGGGCUGAGCCAGUCGGUUCCAUGAGCCCUUAUAAAAUCACGGUUGUAUCUAAUUCGCUUUCAGGUGAGACUAGUAUCUCGUGGAAUGUUACUGUUGAACCAUCUUAUACUGCUGAAGUCAACUCUGUUUCUAAGAUAGAUGGAGCAAAUGAAAUGAAAAUUGUUGGUCGAAUACAAGGGCUAAAGGGAAAUUACUCCGCCCCCGUAAAACUCUGGAUAAAAGAAAAAAACGAUGAAAGACCUAUGGAAACUGUAAUACAAUCAAAUGGAGCCACGUUUGAUUAUGAUUUUGUGCCAGAAGCUGCUGGCGAAUUUACUGUGAUAGCAUCGCACCCUGGUGUGCCACCGAUAUCUGAAGGUGUUCCGUUCGACGUUCCUCCUUUACAAUUAUUAAUUGAUAACAGCGGGCGAGAGGUUUUCCUGCGAGGUUCCAAAUUUUGUGAUGCUAAGAUGCUUCGACCUCAAAAUGGCACAGUUACCAUCAACCAGGUCGCCAACGAAAUUUCCAUGGUAGAACAAGCAAUAGAUUGGCAAGAGGAGACCGUCACUCUGUUGAAAUGUGAUGGAAAGCGAGAGUUGUGGAGGAAUCAGCGGACAACUCGAAUUCUCGAAGUGACUGCGGUGCCGUCCGCUGUAGCACUUCCAAUAGGCACAGUUCGUUCCAAAGUGUUCGAGGUGGUGAUCUAUCGCAGUGGUGUGUUUCUCCGACCACCUCUACAACUCACCACGAGUGACAGUUCACAGCCGGUGUUCGUCAUAUCUAGUGACCCAGAUAUCGAUCAAAUUAAUGAUAAUACACAGUAUGAUAGAAUAAAAUUAGCCCUUGGGCAGAACGUAGAGUACAAGGAAGCUAAGAACACCAGUUUGCAACUGCUCGCAGCCGGAGAAGUUAUGGUCAGCGUCCCGAUCUACUUCGUCCCUUUGUCGUCAAAUUUUGCAGUGCACAUCUGCCUCAAAGAUGUCUACGACCAGGAAAUACUUAACGUCCAGGAUAGGGCAGUACUCAGUGUAUCGAACACUGCGCUUGGUAUAGAUGACGUCAGAAGCAACUUACGGCUGAACAAGGAAUACAUGCAAUUUUUGUUGGUUGAGGGUUUUUAUGAAAUUGUAGCCAAAGCACCCAAUUACCGAACUGUAUCAGAAGUCGUACAUAUAUCACAAGCGAACACUUCGUUUUGUAUUAAUAUGGAAGCUAUUAAUCCACGAUCAUUGAUCACUGUUAGUGAACGAGGAGUGUCCGUCCGUAGUGUAAGAAAUGCCAGUACGAUCCGCUUUCCUCGUAUUGAGUUCAAGCCGUCGUCGAUCAAUGGAUCUGAUGCUCGAAUUUUAGUUUCAGUUGUUGGCAGCUCGGCGGGCUUGGUCUCUAUGACUCCUUUUGAAAAUGAACAAAUAAUUCUGACACCAUCAGUGCGUUCCGUUGCCGUAAACUCAUCGUUUUGGGUCAAUGUGCAAUGGAAAAACCCACUGUCAUCAGAGGCUGGAUGCAACGGCCGUGUUGCCUCUGUUCCGUUUCUGUUCUUCGCUGAUGAUAUUAAUGACCUGGAGCGAGCAUUGGUGGAUUUGGUAGUGGUGGGACCUGACAGCAGUUAUAGCCAAUGGAAAAUCUGUGACGAAAACAAUAAACCAGUACAAACUGCCCACAGCACGGUGGUAACGUGUGACUGCUCUCAACGUGCUCGUACUAAAUGUCGUCGUAGGUAUAAAUCUGCCGCUGCGUGUGGAUCGGCAUGGAAGCGAAUAUCAGAUGAUACGGUAUCUCUACAAGAGCUAAGCACAUACUUUCUUCUUCUCGCAGACUGCAAAUCGGUCCAUGUCAACCUUAGUGAACUGAACGAGGCCAUGCAGUGUGUGUCGUCUCUAGAAAGUGAGUGCCCAAUUCUUCAUCGUCGUCUGCGGAAGGUUCGAAUGCUCUCUGAUAGUCCUGUGGACGUUUUAAACCAUUUGUCCUCGUUGAAUGGGGAUGUGUCAGCUGUGCUAAGCCCAAUGUUGCCGAUCCUUAACGCUUUAGAUAUGCAAAGCAUUCGAAUGGCAACGCUUUAUUCGGACUUUGUCGAGAAAAUCCAGAAGAUAUUUCCUCCGAAACUCAUUGACCCAUUGACAAGUGACGUCGUGAAAGAGUUUCUACAAGCUAUAGGUGACAAUUCUGAGAUGGGUAUUGCUAUAUCUGCAGCCGAAGCGGAUCGAUUCUCUGACAAAGAACUGAUAAAACUCUGGAAUGCUACGGUUAAUGAUUGGACAUCUGGUAGAAUCGAUUCGCUCUCAGAAAAUCAGGGAAUACCGUAUUCCGAUGUGAAACAGCUCGUUGUCAGCGCUGACCGUCUACAUUCGCUAACCAGACAGAAUGGCGCUUCUGAUCCAUUCAGUUUGCUGCAUGAGUAUAUUGGGCAAAUUCUCACCACAAAUGACAGUCGUGAUGAGGAUUGCUUGACAGCUGCUGUCGUCAUUGAGCCGCUUGUGAUCUACGAGGAUUCAAGUGUCACGAUUGACGUCUUCGUACAGAACCUGCAGGAGGUAACGCUAACAAAUAUCGAUUUGUCCAUUGAUUUUGUCCGGAAUGACAUGUUUGCUCCACGAGUAGAAUUUGGCGUGGGUCCAUCCUGGUCGGCUGGCAUCAACACCGUGAAUGGAUUCGGAGUUCUUGCCCCCCACUCAUCGUUUGAAAUGCAUUGGACUCGGAAAAUUAUUGUUAGUAAUCGGCUUACAACUAGUGCAUACUAUCAGGUAGUGAUAGUACUUGGAUUCCACAGGGAAGGAAUACCAUCGAAACAAAGAUUGAAAUCACCUUUGAUGGAAAUCCGACCGAAGCGGAGUAUUCGGGUUCUCCAUUUCGUCAACGGUGACGUCACCAACACCCCCAAUCAGCCUUUUUCAGCUAUGACAGCUAUUAUGAAUAAUGGCUACUCAUCGCUUUCUAAUGUGCGUGUGAUACGUACAGAUAUCGAUGUAACUACUUCAUCCGUCGCGGCACCUUUCGAUAUCGUACGAAUAGAGCUGGAUGGAAAGCAGAUAGGGACUUCUCUUUCUCCAUUAAUAGGCUCCGUGAAAUCUGGAACAUCGAAGCGCAUCACGUUCCAUAUCACUACACCUGGUCAAACAGCAAACAUCGUGAAUAUGUCGACUGCUCUUACUGUCGACGGGCAAUUGGUUCACCCGGAAGAUGAGCACAUUUAUUCUAUCAAGGCGGCAGCAUCAGAAAAAGGCGGGUUUCUUGUGUCAUCUUUGGCAAAUCCGGAUACGAUGUUCUUUUAUCGUCCUGAUGUCGGCAGUAUAGUCAAUAUUGUGCCACUGCAACAUUCAGCGACUCACGAGAGAUCCACUGGUGAUCCGAAGAAAAUCGUGAUCUUGGCGUCGUUUCGGAACUUGCUUUCUCCCGGUUUCACUGGCGCCCUCUGGGGUACAUUUAUGCUCCCGUCUAUUCCCGACAAUUAUCAACUGACUCGAGUAGUUGAUCAGAGAGGAGCGCGUAUGCGUUUGGUGACACCUGUAACGUGGACAGAACAGCAGAAUGAGGAUAAAGUGCUAAAUUUCAUCGAUUCCGGAGCUGCAUUUCCUGUGUCGGAUAUCGUGUAUGAGAUGGAAUUCGCUGCGCCAACCGAAAAGACGGGGCCGGAAUUCGAACAGACAUCCUACAGAAUCCAGAUAUUCCCUGAUUCAUGGCCAAAACCAGGCCAUCCACUAGCUGUUAUCGCUGCUCAUUCUCCGGAGACAUCGAAUUUGACCUAUUCGCUUUAUACCCCUGACAAUGAGAAGGCAUUUGCGGUUGAUCCUCUCACAGGAGAACUGUUUCUGACAUCAUCCGUGCCUCCGGGGGACGAGUUUUGCGCACUAUUAGUGGUUAAGGAUCAGCUUGGACGGGAAGAUAAAGUUCCAGUGGCAAUAAAUACAGGUGGUCCCCGUCGAGAAUGCGUAAAUUUCGAUACCGCAGGACUUUCGUCAUCAAUCUAUCGUGGGUCUUAUCGAGAAUCCAUCGGAGCUUUGUCAACUACUGGACCAGCGACGGACUCACCAGUGGAGGAGCCACCCACUUCACACACCACGUCUUCAGAGUCCUCGAGUCGAACUCUUUCUUCUCUGACAUCGAAACUCAGCGAAUUCUCAACUUCUCGGUUGAUAGUUGAGCCAGGUAUUUCAACAGAAGGAAAGGGAACGACCACGAUUGUACAGUUAUCCACUGCCACACGGAAUAGAGAAGAAGAGUCAACUCAGGCAACCAUUUCAUAUGCAUCGAGCGCGGAAUCGCAAGUAUCUGACGCUUCCAAGCUUACUUCCACCUCCUCAACUGUUGUUUUUGCAACAUCAGUUAAUGCAGGUCCAGCAGAAACGUCGACAGCUAUCGCUGCCACUGUUUCGUCUUCUUUGCAAACAGAACAAUUUUCAUUCUCUCUGGUCACUGUACCAUCGGAGACCUCUACUAAUGUCGCAUUCGCAAGCGCCACAGCCUCAGAAACGGGUGUGCCUACUCAUCCUGUCCCAAUUUUUCCAGAUAUCUCCCCGCAAACUCUGCCUUAUCCACGGACAACUGCUGCGGAGUCAGCACCACCUGUAAUAACAAUAACGCCAGACGCCCAUCCUAUUCCUAUUACUCGUACCAGUUCAAGUGCAGAUGGUAAUUUCCCCACACCUCCUCACAUUAUUCCUCAUGAUCGAACAACAACCACCAUCAUAGUUGAAAAAACUUUAACUCCUGUAGAAGCCACCACUAAUCGGGAGUUUAUAGUCACUGUAUCUCCAGACUCCUCUCCAGAUACUAUUUCUCAAGAAACAUUGACAGAAACAACGGAGAAAAUCACUCACUUAGUGAGUGUCGAUCAAACGCUCCCCACCAUUAGCUUGACCACUCCAGAAGGUUGGUCAACUGGUGGCAUCACAUCUCCGUCAGAGCCGACCACAUCUUUCUCUAGGUCUUUAGAUCGCACCACAACCGCGACGGUGACUCGCGACACACCGCCAACUAUCGUAGAACCGACGCAGAGUGUGCGCACAGUGAACCCUGUCGAAGGAAGCACACAAGUUGAUCAGACUACUAUUGGCACUCCAGUCAUCGUCAUUCCAGUAACUAGAGGUGUCACUCCAGAAACUCCUCGGAGCACAAACAAGCCGAAAACAACGCUUGAUCCAUACUACGGUGUGGCGUGUUCGAAACGUGGCGAACCCAUUUGGGACUUGAUCUGCGAACUCAGCAGGGCAUCAAUCAGGAAAGACCGAUCGUAG